GCUCGCCUCCGCGUUUUCUAUCAGUACAUUUUAUGUGUGCUUAGCGUUCCGUUUAUACCGGCAAACGAUAAUAAACAGUACUUCCAAUCAGAAUUCGAAUCACCUGAUAACUAUUAUUAGCCUAUAAAGUUAUUCUCUUAAAAUUUUGUGAUAAAUAAAAGCAAGAUUAUGUCGGCUUCGCCUAUGGCUAGACAAGUGGCUUCCACCCAAGCCAUCCCUAUUAGGAGGGUACUGCUAAAUGAUCCCUCGGAACUACCUAGUCACUAUUCCCAAACACCUGGAGGAACACUGUUUUCUACGACACCAGGAGGUACUAAGAUUGUCUACGAAAGAAACUUCCUGCUCAACUUGAGGAACUCUCCCGUCUCUAGGACACCCCCCAAAUGCGAAAUUCCCGAAAAUCUAGUCAAAGGUUCGGGAAGUCCGCCGAAAAAGUACCAGAGCGCGUCGAUCAAGAGAAAUAAGUACCCGCAGAGGACCAGGAACGACAGCUUCACUGCCAAGAACAGUUCUAUCGAUGACGACCAAUUUCAAAUGGAUCUCUGAUAAAGAUAAUAAUUAAUUUUUGAUAAGAAUAACU